AGAAACAGUUCUGAUGCUACCAUCGACGCUUUUACUACAUUUUAUAUAUCUCGUUUAAGACAUCUCUCCAAUCAAGUUGUCUCACAGUUAUUUUACAUGUUUGUUUCAUUAAUUUUAUUAACUAAUUGUGAAUAUUGAGAUAAUAAUGUAUCGAGAAAUGCAUAAGUGGAAUACGUGUUUAUCAUGAAAAUGAACUCGAUUGCGCAAUUUUGUGUCGUGAAUAAACAUGCUUUCUCAGAGCGUGUCGUGCGAGUGAUAACGCACAUUCGAUAGUUACGAGUAUUAUAUAUUCCCGCGAGCUAUCGCGCGACUCCUCGACCGGAUUGGAUAGAGAUCAACCGAUGGCUCUUUUUUGUCGACUAUUAACGGCCGCACGAACGGCUAACAGAUCACACGGCUCGAUAUACCGUUUCUUAUCGACUAGCGUCGUUCGUUUCGGCAAAGUGGUGCCCUUCCGACUGUCAGACAUCGGCGAAGGGAUUCGGGACGUCACGAUAAAAGAAUGGUUCGUGAAACCGGGUGACCGAGUGAGCCAGUUUGACAAGAUCUGCGAGGUGCAGAGCGAUAAGGCGUCGGUGACGAUCACGAGUCGCUACGACGGUCUCAUCAAGGCGCUGCACUUUAACGUAGACGAUGUUGCCUUGACCGGGGAUGCAUUGCUGGAUAUCGAGAUAGAGGACGAUUCGAAGGAUGCUGCAAAAGAUUCGGAGGGAAUUAAAGAGGAAGGCAAGGACCAGAUUGACCGUUCCGACAAGAGGGAGAUAGACGAGACGGAAUCGCAGGAUAAUAUCGUGCAGAAGAUAUUGACGACCCCGGCGGUGAGGAGAAUUGCCAUGGAGAAUAACGUAAAGCUGAAGGACGUAAUGGCGACCGGCAAAAAUGGUAGAGUACUCAAGGAGGACAUACUGAAUCAUCUGCAGAAGAUUUCCGCGACUCCGAAAGUUCGAGCGGAAGUUUCUCCGGAGGCGAAUGUAACGGGGACGACGGAGGGGUUGAAGGGAUAUUCGAAACACAUGUGGAAAACUAUGACGAGGUCCUUGAGUAUACCUCACUUCGUCUAUAGUGACGAGUGCAACGUGAAUCGGGUGAUUCAGUGCCGAAAAGAGGUGAAGGACUCACUGAAGGACAGUGGUGUCUCCUUGACCCUCAUGCCGUUCUUCGUGAAGGCGGCCUCGCGAGCGUUGGAGCAUUAUCCCAGGUUGAACGCCUGGCUGAAUGAGGAGGAUCGGACGCUGCGAAUCCUGGACAAUCACAAUAUCGGCGUUGCUAUGGACACUCCGAAGGGCCUGGUGGUGCCCAACAUCAAGAACGUGCAAAAUCUCAGCGUUCUCGCGAUCGCCCGGGAGCUCAACAGGCUCCAGGAGCUUGGUAAGAAGUCGUCGAUACCGCUCGGCGAUUUGGUCGACACGACGUUCUCGUUGUCGAACAUAGGUGUGAUCGGAGGAACAUAUACGAAGCCGGUGAUCGUGCCGCCACAGGUGAUAAUCGGCGCGUUCGGAAGGGCGCAAAAGGUGCCGCGAUUCGAUGACGAAGGAAACGUGAUUCCGGUCCAUAUAAUGUCGGUCAGCUGGUCGGCGGAUCAUCGCGUUCUCGAUGGCGUCACAGUGGCAAAGUUCUCCAAUCUGUGGAAGCACUAUGUGGAAAAUCCAGUGCAAUUGCUGAUCAGUGCUGAUGACGAGAAAUCAAGUCUCGGAAGUGCUUAAAUAAUCGAUGAUCGCGUUUCUCAUCCUUGUAAUCUCAUCAUUUUAUAUUAGGAUGUUUAAAAUGAAAAUAUAA